AUGUCCCGUCGGAAGCAAGCAAAACCACAGCAGCUGAGAUCGGACGAGGACCCUUCACUUCUGGAGCUGCUCCCUGAACACGUCUCAGGUGAAGGACUGGAUGAUUCAGACAGUGGAAAUGAGAGCCGCAGUGGGAGUGAAGAGAUCCAUGUGUGUGAAAAGUGUUGUGCGGAGUUCUUUAAGUGGUCUGAUUUCUGUGAACAUCUGAAGACCUGUACCAAGAAUCCACUUGUGUUAAUUAUCAGUGACAAUCAAGUGAUUUCAGACCAAGCACAGGACUACCCACCUGAGCCAUCACCCAUGCCCAGCUGCAGCAGUGAGCCAGCAGACAGUGAAGAUGUAGUAGAGGAAAGCCACAUGCCCACUGAAGAUGUUGAAGGAGCAGAGAUGAUGUUGGACCCGGGUGCUGUUCUGGAGAUAGAAUAUGAGGCCAUGGAAGUGGAACUGUCUCCUGAGAAACCCAUCAAUUCUGAAGAUCAAGUUACACUGUCAGAGCCAGACAUAAGCCUAUCUCAACUUGAAGAUAUUAAGCAGUCUUCUGGGGCAGGAUAUACUAUACCCAGCACUAAUGUCACAUUGGAAACACUGCAUGGAACCCGUGUGGCUGUGGCUCAGUUCUCUCAGGGUGCCCGGGGAGCACUAGCUGGUGAAGUGUCAACUAUGGCCAUUCCUAUGAUCCUUGACCAGCUCAUGGCCUUGCAGCAACAACAGCUCCACCAGCUUCAAUUGAUAGAGCAGAUUCGGAGCCAGGUGGCACUAAUAAACAAACAGGCCUCCACACAGACAGCUGUCAACCAUCAAGCAGACCACAGCAUGAAUGCAACCUUAGAAGUAACCUCAUCUUCCAACAUACCCACAAUGCCUGGGCAGCUUCAUCUACGUGGCUUCAUUACACCACCUGAGCAUCAACUUCCAAUCAAAGGGCCCUCCGAUUUCAAUGGACAGGUCUCAGCCUCAUUAUCUUCAGCUCUGGAGGUAGCCUGUGUUAGUGUUCCUCAGACAGUUGGCCAGCUGGCCAGUUCUGGGAUGAAAAACAAUAUCACAAUUAAUUCCUUAUAUCCAACAACCAGUAAUGUGGUUCCUUCUCAAAUGUCACCAUGCUCAGCGUCGAUUAGCAGCAGUAGCUGCACCAGUAGUAGCACAGGAACUGGGGGUAAAAUAAGUUGUGGUAUUUCACUUCCAAAAAACACACUUAGUCCUCUAGCACCGAGUCAUGGAAGAUUGCUAACAUCCCCCUCCAGCCUUCCUCUCGUACCUCACAGCUCAUCCAACAGUGUUAUCUUCCCUAAUCCUCUAGCCAGUAUUGCAGCCACAACAAAUGCGCUUGAUCCUCUUUCCGCCCUAAUGAAGCACCGCAAAGGAAAGCCCCCAAAUGUCUCUUUGUUUGACACCAAACCCAACUCAGAAGAUCCCUUCUUCAAACACAAGUGCAGAUUUUGUGCCAAGGUGUUUGGAAGUGACAGUGCCCUGCAAAUCCAUCUUCGCUCCCAUACUGGUGAAAGGCCUUUCAAAUGCAACAUUUGUGGUAAUCGCUUCUCCACAAAGGGUAACUUGAAGGUUCAUUUUCAGAGACACAAAGAAAAGUAUCCUCAGAUUCAAAUGAACCCCUAUCCAGUUCCUGAGUAUCUGGAUAAUGUUCCAACUAGCUCAGGUAUACCUUAUGGCAUGUCAUUGCCCCCAGAAAAACCUGUUACCACAUGGCUGGACAGCAAACCGGCUUUGUCUACAAUCCCAACAUCAAUAGCACUGCAGCUCCCUCCAACAAUACCCAGUAUUAUAGGAAGCUAUGGGGAUUCAAGUAGUUUUACCCCUUUAAGUAGGUCACCUCAAAUGCCAUCACCCCCAUCAAGCGAGUGUGCAUCUAUGUCUCCUAUUCACCUAAUUGCUGAGGCUAGUAUUGCACAAAUGUCCAGUUCACCACAGCAUAGUGUGGCAAGUGACACACCUCCAGUUCUAAAAUCCGAAGCCUUUCAUCUACCACUCACCUCCACCACCAGGCCUGGAGAAACCAGCAUAAUGACUACUUCCAUACACCAAGUAUUCUGUUUAAACACUCCCAGUAUUAUGAGCUCAGAACCAAGCACAGUCAAAUUUGACAAUGGACACAGUAAACCACCGGCCAUGUGUGAGGGGUGCCACUUACCAGCUGGCCCCCAGGUACCUACCACAACCCCUCAGACAACAAUAAGCCCCAACCUUACACCAAAGCUGGCACCACCUCCACCUCGGCGGACCCCCAAACAACAUAACUGCACCUCUUGUGGGAAGAAUUUUUCAUCAGCCAGUGCUCUUCAGAUCCAUGAGCGCACUCAUACAGGAGAAAAACCAUUUGGUUGUUCCAUCUGUGGCAGAGCCUUCACCACAAAGGGAAAUCUGAAGCUUGUUUAG